AUGGGGUCGACUGCAGCCAGCAAGGCCUCGCUGAAGGCCAAGGGAGGGGCCCGCAAGGAGGGGAAGGCCAAGACUCCCGCGAAGAAGAAGGCCGGGAAGAAACAGGGCGACGACAUCGACGCCAUCUUCGCAGUUGCCGCCGAACCCAAGCCCGCGGCGGAGAAGGACGCAGUCGAGAAUGGCGGGGAUGCGGUGGACGAGGUGGACGCGAUGAUCGCCGCGGGCGGGGUGGAGAUGGACGCGGCGACGUUGGCGGCGCUGAAGGAGAAGAUCGCCAAGGCGCGGGCGAAGAAGGGCUCCAAGGCCGCCGCCCAGAAGCCCAAGGUCGCGGGCAGCAAGGACGACCUGUUUGGCAGCGGGGGGGGCGGGGGGCGGAAGACGACGGAGGAGGGGUACGGCAUCUACAGCGAGAAGGAGCUCGGGCUGGCCAAGGGCGGCGGCACGGACCAGUGCCCCUUCGACUGUGACUGCUGCCACUGA